AUGGGCAUCGGGUCCUGUUUCUGUUGCCUGGCAAAGGUGUUUGAUUUUGCAAGCUUCCUCUAUGUCUGUCUUUCACUCGAUCUUGACGUUUAUUUCGUCCGCCUCGUUUUAAACCCUGCUGCAUACUAUCUUGCAACGGCCCAGCGCAGUUUCAUUUUUCGUAUUGGUUGCCCCUUGUGGAUCACAUCUCGUCUUUGUUUAACUCUCUACCGAGUUCGUGGACCUUCCAAAAAAUUAAACAAUAAAUUGAAAAGACUUACUGAGGUUCAGCAAAACAUGUCAUCAAAGCUAUUAGGCCUUCAGACACCAAUGCAGAACGUUGAUAAGGUCAUCGGUCUUCGCGUGGAUCAGCUCCGUCAUCACAUUAUUGAGAAGCGCGAUCUCACCACUCUUGAUGUUGUAGAGGCCUUCCAGGUGCAUGCACUACAGCUUCUAGGAGCAGAAACCGGGUGCAUCUCUGAAAUCGUCUUUGAUGCCGACGUCACAGCUAUUUUGGCCGACCAGGGACUAUCAAAAGGCACCCCACCUAAAAGCCCGCUCCACGGCAUUCCUGUGAGUCUUGUCAAUUGUAUACCUAUCAAAGGCGAGGACUGUACAGGAUCACUCGUUUUUCGGGCAAAACAUAAUGCUGCUUGCGAUUCUAAAAUUGUUGCAGCCCUGAAAGAGGCUGGCGCCGUGCCGAUCUUACUCUCAAACAUAUCUCCUCUGCCCUGCCAACUUCUCACAUCAAGCAAACUUUAUGGCACUUGCAAACAUCCAACCCAUCCGGAUCGUGCCGUCGGAGGUUCGGCUGGUGCUGAAGCUAUUUUGCUUCUUCGGAACGCCUCUGUGCUUGGUUUCGGAGUAGACACCUUCGGAGACGUGCGAAUUUCCGCGGCGUUUUGUGGAGUUGUUGGCUUCAAACCCACUUCAAAUCGUCUAAGCUAUGAUGAUGUUCAAAUGUCUGUUCGUCCUCCUUUCUUCCUCUCCCCGGUGGUCAGCCCUCUGGCUAUGGACGUAGCCAGUAUUACAAAUGUAAUGGAGUCCCUGUGCUCCGCUCCUGUCCUGAAAACUGAUCCAGCUCUUCCCUUGUGCCCCUUUACCCCGCUAAGCUAUUCAAAGAAACUGACUAUUGGAUUCUAUACCUCACUUCCAGAACUUAUUCCCUGUGUGCCCUCGGUUGAUAACUGUCUGGCAGAGGUGAAAUCCAUUCUUCAGAGUCUGGGCCACACUGUGGUCGAAGUACAGCUCCCCAAACCCGAUGAACCCCUCCUUCUCACACUGAGCUACCUUGCCGCCGACGAUUCCUACUGGAGACUUAUUGUCAGGCAGAACAUGGGUGACGCUCUCUCCAAGGCUGACAUAUUCAGGUGUGGUCUUGCUGCCACGCCCUAUUGGGCCAGAUCUGUUCUUGGCUGGCUGCUCAAACUUCAACAAGGGACCUCUUGUGCACGCACACAGAAGUUGCUGAGUGCUUGGAAGAAUGAACUUCCAGCGGGGGAAUUGGAAAACCGUGUUCGUCAUUACCGAGAGAAGUUCGAGAAACUGUGGGAAGAAGAAGAACUUGACUUGCUUAUUGGACCAGCGGCACCCUCUCCAGCCCUCUUAACCUCCUCUUCGGCUGCACUCUAUUUUAUGAAUAUGGGCUACAGUCUUAUCUUUAAUCUCCUCGACCUGCCUGCUGGUGUGCUACCCCUAGGCAAUGUAACAAAAUCUGAUGUUGAAGCAACUGCUGAUCUGGCCGCUAAGGAGCCCUCGUCCUCUCUCUUUGGGCAACUGCUUCGACAACAGAAUACCUCCGAAGGUCUACCUCUCGCAGUACAACUUGUCGGAAAACCUUGGACAGACGACCUGAUUCUUCAUAUUAUGACGCAGUUGGAAAAUAAGAGACACUGA